AUGGCGCGCCCACUGCACAGCACUCCGGUGGUGAUUGGCGUUGGCGAUGUGAAGAAUGCCUCCAGGAAGAUGGAGGAUGCCAAGGAGCCGCUGCUGCUCAUGCUUCGGGCCACCGAACAGGCACUGAAGGAUUGCAGCGUCCCCGAGGGCACUUCCAAGGAGAUCCAAUCCCAUAUUGACAGCGUGGACGUUGUCAGGACAUGGACCUGGCCGUAUCCAGACCUUCCCGGCUCGAUUGCGGAACGGCUCGGGAUCCGUCCCCAGCACAAGGCCUAUAGCGAGCACGGCGGCCAUUCGCCCGCUAAACUACUGGAUGAAGCUGCGCGUCGCGUUGCUUCUGGUCAGAGUACAGUUGCACUGGUGACCGGCGGCGAGGCACUUGCGUCCCUCGAUGCCUUUGUUCGAGCAAAAAGGUUUCCUCCACAGGAAUGGACCCCGUUGGAAGAGGGGGCUUCCGAAGCCUUUGAUAUUAAAAAUAUGAAGCUAGAUGACCUGGGGGCCAUCCAUUCCAUUGGCCUGCCAGUUCACAUUUACCCACUAUAUGAAAAUGGAUUCAGAGCCCAUCGACGACAAUCCAUCCAGGAAAACAACCAAGAAUCUGCUCAGCUUUACGGUGAUUUCGCAAAGGUAGCCGAGAGCAAUCCAUAUUCCUGGAGCUAUGGUAAACCUCCUCAAACGGCGCAGUCGAUCGGCACCGUGACGAAAAAUAAUCGGCUCAUCUGCUCACCCUACCCCCUUUUGAUGAACGCUUUCAAUGCAGUAAAUCUUGCUGCGGCGUGUAUUUUGACCACCACUGAACAGGCAAGAAAAUUUGGAGUUCCCGAAAGUCAAUGGAUAUACCCACUAGGCGGUGCAGGGACAGCGGAAGCAAACAACUUCUGGGAACGAGGAAAUUUCUACUCCAGCCCAGCAAUUUCAAGGUCUCUAGACACUGCGCUGGAUUUAUCUGGCCUCCGAAGAGAGGAAAUCGAUUACUUUGACUUUUACUCCUGCUUUCCCAUCGUUCCCAAGCUUGCAUGCAAGCAGAUGGGUUUGCCGAUAAUCAACCCGCCAAAGCCAAUCACACUGUUAGGAGGACUGACCUCCUUUGGCGGCGCUGGCAACAAUUAUUCCAUGCAUGCCAUUACUGCUAUGGUCCGCCAACUGAGACAAAAUGCACAACAACGCCGCCACGGACUUGUCUUGGCCAAUGGAGGGGUACUAAGCUACCAGCAUGCUGUAGUGCUCUCUUCCCAACCUCGAUCAGACGGAUCGUCGUAUCCAGAAAAGAACCCGCUACCGGCAGUUUUGGCAGAUGAAUCGGCCCCAAGUCUCAGUAGGAAUCCAGAAGGUGAAGCUGUGAUCGAGACAUAUACGGUUGAGUUCAAUCGAGACGGCUCGCCGUUCCAGGGUUACGUAGUUGGGCGGCUAAAGAGCACUGGCAGCCGUUUCAUUUCCAACCAUGCCGACGAAAACACAUUAAGACAACUCUCAAGUACGUCCGUGGAACAAAUUGGAAGAACUGGUUUUGUUCGCAGUGACCCAGGACAAGAAGGGAGGAACUUAUUCAGCUUUGCAGUUCCUGCAAAGCUUUGA